AUCAUACCGUUGGGCAGUGCCUACUGUCAUUUUCCCAAAACCGAUCAUAAAUAUACCUGGCGUAAGGUCACUACUACUGUCAAUAAUAUUAUAGUUGGCAAGCUAUGGGUCGAUCAACAUGGUGAAAUGGAAAUUACCGGCCUAAAUGCUGCAUCCGGUCUUAAGUGUAUGCUAAAGUACAUACCAUAUUCGUAUUUCUCACGUGACACCCAACGGCGGGUCAAAGGUGUGGUCAUGAAUCGUAACAAUGAAGUUAAAUGGGUGAUUCGCGGUGCUUGGGAUAGUAGAAUUGAAAUUGCCCCAGCCCUCUCAACAUCCGGGCCGCCAGAUAGUCCCGUGUAUCAGACGGGUGCAUAUAAGACGGCAUGGCAGAGGAAUAUGCCGCCACCGGACAGUGAGAAAUACUAUAAUUUUACAACAUUGGCGGCCCAACUUAACGAAAUGGAAGAAGGUGUGGCGCCCACAGACUCACGUCUGAGACCCGAUCAACGCCUAAUGGAAGAUGGUUUAUGGGAUGAUAGUAAUCGUGAGAAAUUGCGUCUGGAGGAGAAGCAACGAGCCAAGAGGAAGCAACGUGAAGCUGAGGCCGAAGCUGCAGCAGCUAAAGGUGAACCCUUCCCGCCAUACCAGCCAGCCUGGUUCACUCAGGAACGUGAAGAAGGCACUGAUAACAUUGUCCAUUUGCAUACCGGCAAAUAUUGGGAACACAAGAAGCGGCAGGAUUGGUCCAGAUGUCAGGAUAUUUUUUAAAAAAAUAAAACAAAACAUUAAUAAAAAUAAAUUGUUACCACAAAAAAAAC